GGCGAGGUGAGCCGUCGCUUCGCACACCUGUACGACGACAAACUCGCCACUGAGAUAUCCUCCUGCAUGCGCAAAGCUCUCAAGACUAAAGGAUACACGUUGCUGGACACGGAGUCGUGGUGCGAGGGCGGUGAGUUCGAGUGCGUGUGCAUGCUGAACCUGCUGGACAGGUGCGCGGACCCGCGCGGCAUGCUGCGGCAGGCGCGCGCCGCGCUCGCUCCGCACGGCGUCCUGCUACUCGCACUCGUCCUACCAUAUAAACCAUAUGUGGAAGUAACACCGGACCACAAGCCGCUCGAGCGUCUGCCGAUAACUGGCGUGACGUUCGAGGAGCAGGCGAGCUCGUUCGUGUCGUGGAUGCGGGAGCUGGGCUUCGAGCUGUCGUCGUGGAGCCGCGCGCCCUACUUGUGCGAGGGCGACUUCGCGCAGGCUUACUACUGGCUCGACGACUCCGUCUACGUCUUCAAACCCAUCGACGUUAAUACGUGAGCUUGUUACAAUUUUAUUUAAAUUGACAUCGAUUGACAUCGACGAAAUGGACUUUCGGUAGUUUUGCAUUUAUUACACUAGGUGGUCUUGUACGUAUCACAUUAAGUUCUAAUUUAGUUUUCUUUAUAUUAGUUUAUUAUGAAUUAUAUGUGAUUUCAAAUAAAAUCUUCUCGUGAACUUUUGCACUAAAUGUUAGUAAGCAAUUUACAGAUAAUACUAAGUAUGCGACAAAAAAUUAAAAUUGUUUAUCUAUGUGAUAAACUUAACUUAAUUAGAUUCAUUUUUAAUUAGAAUUAGUUAAACAAUAAACAUCGCUUUGAUCACAUCGAAUAGCUGUUUGUUAUUGCUCUUAAUUGCAUUAAGAAAUAUUCUUGUUCCUAAAACGCUACGAAUUUAACUCUUUUUCAAAAGGAACGAAUGAGAAUUUUUAACAAACUAAUAUUUUAAGACUUAGCACAAACUUUGUUAUUAAAAUUUUUAAUACUCUUACAUACUAAGAUUCUUUAGAUGUUUUGCUUUUUAUUAUUAAAUCUUUGGGAUAUUCUAAAAACAAUCGAUGUACGUAAAUUUAAUUUGAAUUGUGAAGAUAUUUGUUGAUAAUAUAUGUGUGUACUUCAUCAUUUCCGUUACUGAUAAUUUUAUAGUUUGUAAGGCAAUGGGCGCUACCCC